AUGGUUGAGGACAUCGGUGCAACCAAGACUGUUUCGCUUUUUCUGGAUCACAAAUGGGAGAUCGGAGUUGAUCAUGCUCAUAUUCGUGAACAACCCCGCUACUACGCUAUCUAUUCGCGGUGUCGCAAUAUCUGCGCCUUCGACUGCGAAAGUGAUCGUAAACUCACGCGACGAGAUGGUGGUGGAGAUGAUAGUGAUGACGUGUGUGAUGACCUCGCUGACUAA